GGCUCGGGAGAGGCGCCGCUCGCCGGUCCCCGGAGCCGCCCUGCUGCCGCCGCUUCCCCCCUGCGCUCGCGGUGAGCCCGUCAGUCCCCGCUCGGUGCGCUGCUCCGUCUGGGCCAUGGAUGGUGUUGUUACAGAUCUUAUAGCAGUCGGUUUAAAGCGGGGAUCUGAUGAGCUUCUUUCUUCUGGCAUCAUUAACGGACCUUUUACCAUGAACAGUUCUACUUCUGCAGGUGUGUAUGCUAAUGGGAAUGACAACAAGAAAUUUAAAGGAGAUAGACCUCCCUGUUCACCUUCUCGCGUUCUCCAUCUUCGCAAAAUUCCAAGUGAUGUCACUGAAGCAGAGGUCAUAUCAUUAGGUCUACCAUUUGGCAAAGUAACUAAUCUUUUGAUGUUGAAAGGAAAAAGCCAGGCUUUCUUAGAAAUGGCUUCUGAGGAAGCUGCUGUUACUAUGGUGAAUUAUUACACUCCUGUUACUCCUCACCUUCGAAGCCAGCCUGUUUUUAUUCAGUAUUCCAAUCACAGAGAACUUAAGACUGAUAAUCUACCUAAUCAAGCUAGAGUCCAAGCUGCACUGCAGGCUGUCAGUGCUGUCCAGUCUGGAAGUCUGGCCCUUCCUGGAGCUUCUACCAAUGAAGGCACAAUCUUGCCUGGGCAGAGCCCUGUACUCCGAAUAAUUAUUGAAAACCUUUUUUACCCUGUUACUCUGGAAGUUCUUCAUCAGAUAUUUUCUAAAUUUGGCACAGUCUUGAAGAUUAUCACCUUUACAAAGAAUAAUCAGUUUCAAGCCUUGCUUCAGUAUGCUGACCCAUUGAAUGCACAUUAUGCCAAAAUGGCUCUGGAUGGCCAGAAUAUCUAUAAUGCAUGCUGCACUCUGCGCAUUGACUUCUCCAAGCUCACCAGCCUUAAUGUGAAAUAUAAUAAUGACAAAAGCAGAGACUUCACUCGCUUAGACCUUCCUACUGGUGAUGGCCAGCCAUCCCUUGAACCCCCUAUGGCUGCUGCUUUUGGUGCGCCAGGUAUAAUUUCCUCACCAUAUGCUGGGGCUGCUGGAUUUGCCCCAGCCAUUGGAUUUCCUCAAGCUACAGGUCUGUCAGUCCCAACUGUUCCUGGAGGUCUUGGUCCUCUCACACUCACCUCUUCUGCUGUCACUGGAAGGAUGGCCAUUCCUGGGGCUGGUGGUAUACCCGGAAAUUCUGUCCUACUUGUCACCAAUCUCAAUCCUGAUCUUAUUACACCACAUGGACUUUUUAUCCUAUUUGGAGUGUAUGGCGAUGUACAUCGAGUGAAGAUUAUGUUUAAUAAAAAAGAAAAUGCCUUGGUUCAGAUGGCAGAUGCAAAUCAAGCUCAACUAGCAAUGAACCAUCUGAGUGGUCAAAGACUUUAUGGAAAAGUGCUUCGUGCUACGCUGUCCAAACACCAGGCAGUUCAGCUUCCUCGAGAAGGACAAGAAGACCAAGGUCUGACUAAGGAUUUUAGCAAUAGUCCUUUGCAUCGCUUUAAAAAACCUGGCUCUAAGAACUUCCAGAAUAUUUUUCCACCAUCAGCCACUCUGCAUCUUUCCAACAUCCCCCCUUCUGUUACAGUGGAUGAUCUGAAGAACCUUUUCACAGAAGCUGGAUGUUCAGUAAAGGCUUUUAAAUUCUUUCAAAAAGAUCGCAAAAUGGCACUCAUUCAAUUGGGAUCAGUGGAAGAAGCGAUUCAGGCACUCAUUGAACUUCAUAACCAUGACCUGGGAGAAAAUCACCACCUCAGAGUUUCCUUCUCAAAAUCUACCAUCUGACUUUUCUGUGAAAGUUUUCUUCUAAGACUGGACCAUGAUUUCAGAAAACCUUCAGACAUAAACUGAAGCAGCUCAAGACCAAUUCUGCCUCUUUCACAAAAACAGCUCUUUCUGAGUUUAAUAUUUCAAGUAUAUUUUAAAAAAAAUCAAAGGAUAUUCUUUUUUCCCUCUUGUCAAUUUGUGAUCAAAGGUUUUCCCUUUAUACCAUAGUUUCUAUGAAAAUAAUCUUAAGGCAAAAUUUUUCUUAGUAAUUCAUUUCCCUAUAUUAAAUUGCAUUUCUGGAGGA